AUGAUGAUGGACUCGACAAACGGGUACGACCCGACACUGCCAAUGGAUCUGGAGGGAAGUGUCAACCCAGAUCUGUUGACUGAAGUCACAUUUGGGUCACAUUUGGAAUACCCAGAUGGAUCAGUACCCAUGGUUGCAAAGACAAGCAAUGGGAGAAUGUCUCCAGUACGAGCCAGAACAAUGAAGGAAUAUGACCAGCAAAUUGCAGUUCUGAAGAAGGAGAACUUUAGUCUAAAGCUGAGGAUUUACUUCCUGGAGGAGAGAAUGCAGCAGAAAUUUGGAGAUGGGGAAGAUGUGUUUAAAACCAAUAUCGAGCUAAAGGUCGAGUGCGAGAGUCUGAAGCGAGAAUUGGCUGACAAACACAACUUAUUGAAGAAGGCAUCUAAUGCUAUGGAGAAUCUGUCGAGUAAUCACCAGUCAGAGAUGACAAAAAUACGAGCACAAAUUGAAAAAGAUUUCAAGGACUCUAACAAUGGACUGGCUUAUCAACUUGACUCCGCUCAAAAGGCCCUUGAUGAGGCAGAAGAAGUUCUCCAGGAUAAGGAAGACAAGAUACAGGAGUUACAGGGACAACUUGACAGAAUGACUUCUGAGGUCAAAGAAGUGCAACAGAAAGGAGAAGAGUCUGUAAAGGAAUUAAUGCAAGAAUUGAAGAACAAAGAUAUGUGA